CUUACGAUAAUGGAGUUUCGUGUCCAAAUGUUCAGCGUGGGACUAGAGUUUCCCCGUAAUAAAAAGUUGCAUCACUUUUCUAUCCUUUACUCUAAAUUUGAGAUAGGAGGAAGGUGAGCUUGAAAUACAGAAUGUUGCAGUAUUUGGCGAUACUUGUUCUACUGACGUCCGGUAAGUUAAGUUUUAUUUGAUGUUAGGUAAUUGUGCAGGGGAACAAAGCUUCUCUCAAAUCAUAACUUUUAUGAUUAUCUCGUACUGAUUUAUCAGUCAUCGAUUUCAGGUUCUGCAUGUUAUAUGGUGUCUGAAAAAUGCACUGUUAUGAUAUGUAAGAAUUUGAUUGAUCACUGGUGUUUGGUAUCCACAUGUAUAAAGGUUUUGCUACACAUUUUAAUUCAUCUGUCAGGAAAUUGCAAGAACCGUAUAACCCACUAAAAUCUUUGUGUUGGCGCUUGUCGCCCUCGAUUUGAUCAGUACUUCUCCCUCCCUGUACAUGUGAAUUAGUUGAUGGAGUUCGGCACCUUAUCAAAAUGACGAGCAGUGAUGAGUUUGUUUUUCUCUUUUUGUUUUUCAUUUUUCCAUGAUUAACUGAUUAACAUGAUUAACUGUUGUUUUGAUAAUGUAGGGAGAAAUUAAAUAUCGGUCACUUUUGAUGAUAGUAAGAGAGUACCAUAAAUCUCAUGGAUUUUUUAAUGGUUUCUUUAGUCAUCAAGUAAGAUCUAACAAUCUAUCUCUACCCUCUCAAUUCUAUCAUGUGAUACAUUUCAACAGAUAGGUAAAACAGAUUACAAGCUGUGGUUGAUGAAUUCAGAAGUAAUUAUUGUUUAAGCAAGAAACUCUAUAGUUUCGUUUUCAGCUAAUUAUGGAACAAAUCAGAAUGUAUUUGUUAAAUUGAAUAAAAUCCCAUCAUUUGAAUUUUAGUGACCCAAACUUAACUUGACGGAUUAAUAAGAAAAUUUUUUUUAGCUGCAAAUAGACUAUUUUCUUUAUAUUUACCUAUGGAUUUGAGGAUCAUGGAUAGUGGAAUCAGUAUCGAAUGUGAGCCAUAGACUUUUCCCUUUAACCCCUAAGAGUGACUAGCAUCUAUUUUCCCCUUAUAAUAUCCCCUGAAUCAAACAUAAAGGUCAUGAGAGUUAUGGAAAUGAUCAACAAGUAAAGGAGCUCUUGAUUGUUAAACAAAAUCUCCUUGACAGCACCUUAGGAAAUAUACAGAAAACAGUAUGGAGAAUGUGCAUACUAAUCUUAGUGUGUAAAGGGUUAAUUGACUGGAACUGAAGUAUCUACUUUGGUCCUUUAACUUUUUUCUUAGUUCAUAGUACAUAUUUCUUAAUUUUUUUUAUACCAACUGAUUGUAGUGAUGCCAAGAAGCAACUUUGUAGUUUCUCAAUAGCUCAUUUUACUAUAAUUCUUUUUUAUUGUUUCAAGCUUUGGGAGACCAACAACAAGGACUUGUUUUGGUUAAAAGUGAUGAUGAGGACACCAAUGAUGACGAAGUUAAGGUAGCACCUAAUACUGAACAAUUUGAUGAAGAAGACCUUGAAGUUUUUCAGCCAUCAUCAGAAUGGCAGUCUAUCAGACCAGGUCAAAGUAUUCCAGCAGGACUCCAUGUGCGCAUGAACCUACAAACAGGACAGAAAGAAGCCAAACUUAUGGAGGGAGAUGAUGGAACUAAAUUCAAAAAUAACAUGGACUCAGAAAAGAAAUUUAUCACAAUUGAUAAAAAUGUCAUUUCAAAGCAACGUCUUAAAGAGGCUCUUAAGGAUUUUAGGGAUAAAUUUCAUGAUGAAAGCCUUAAUGGGGAGCAUUCUGACCAAAGUCAUGGUUCAUUGACUGGAGGUGAGUUUUAGAAAAUCCAACCUUAGUUUUAUGUACUGACAUGAAACCUAUUAAACAGUUGGUCAACAGUUAUGUUUUUUUUUUUUUCAUCUGUAAGGAAUUUGUUUGAAACCAAACACAUUAGAUAUAACUUUACAGUAUCUAUAUUAGACUGGCAACCCUGUUCAACAGUUCCUAUAGUUGUUCAUUGAAGAUGGUUGCUUUAGCUAACUUUUUAACCCCAGAGGGUGACUAGAAUCCGAUUUCUUCCUAUGGUAUCACAGCUGAAUUAAACAUUGGGCUCUUGAGAAUUUAAGAAAAGUUUGCAAACUUGAAAAGCUUCAGAUUUUUAACUAAAUUCUCCCUGUCAGUGCCAUAGGAAUUGUAUAAAGAAUGGUAUAGAGAUUAUACAUGCUGAUGUUAGGGUGUAAAGGGUUAUUAAUAGAUUGAUGUUUCACUGUGCAAUCCAUUUCAUAGCUAGCAACAUUUGGGUUUUAUUUUUUGCAGGGAAAACAUUUAGGUCAAUAGAUGAAAUCCGGAAGGAAUUGGAAGGAGUUGAUCUUUUUCUGAAAAAGGAUAUUGAAGAAAUUACAAAACAUGUUGAGAUCCUAAACACUUCUAGUUCCAGUUUAGCAGAGAAGGAGCAUGCCCUUGAUGAGCUUGAGUAUUAUGUUCAUCAGAUAGAUAAUGCCAGAGAUUUGGACACUAUUGGUGGACUCUCCCUGGUGAUAAAGUUUAUGAAUUCCUCUCAAGAGAGCCUAAGAACACGGGCAUGUUAUGUUCUGGGAUCAGCAGUGCAGAGGUAGCUUAUUUACUGUUUUUAUCAAUAAUGAUAGUUUUUGGGAUAUUCAAGUACUGAACUGAUAAUAUGCAUCACUUUUGUUGAGAAAAUGGAUCUAGGAGGCUUAAUAGCCAACUGCUUUUUUUUUGGGAAAUGUGUUCCCACUCUUUGAAGAACAGACCCAACAAAACAACAACAAAAUCAAGCCCACUGAUCUGAGGGAGGUGCUUAGGUCUCUUGUUCCUACCCCUAUUAUUAACAAGUUAAGAACUGGAGCUCUCCUGUAGAGCCAAGACAUUCCAAUUGAUUUAUCUUUUUUUCAAUUUAUUUACUUGUAAUUUGGUUAUGUUGGGCUUUAUGGUUAAUCCUCCAUACACAUGUAAAUUAGCCUUUCUAAUUUCAUCAAGAGGUUUGAAAACAAGAGAAUUUUUUCUUCCAAAAGGGAGGCCCUGAAGGCUUAUUUGCACAUAAAUAAAAAAAAAACAAUUACCAUACCCAUUAUUAUGAAAAAUGUGCAUUACCUAAAGGGCUAAAAUAUGAAGCUAUGGCAGCAGAGAAGAAGGGCAUGUUAAUAAAACAUAGUUGAUAAAUGAUGCUUACAUUAAGAUGAUUUAUAAGGGGUUUGAUAUGGCAUUUUGAAUACCAUGUUUACAUGGUUUUGCAAGAACGACUCUUUUUUGACUUGUUUCAUUGCUUAUUUUUCCUUUUUUGCUUGUCCAAAACAGCAAUCUAGUGGUCCAGCAAUCAGCCUUGAAACAGGGAGCAUUACCAUUACUUCUUCGCUUGUUGUCCAAACAUGAACCUAUGGCUGUGCGUAAGAAAGCCAUGUAUGCACUGUCCUCCCUCAUCAGAUUAUUUUUGGUGGGACAGAAAGAAUUUCUUAAGCUAAAUGGACUUGAAAUGUUUGUCAAGCUCUUUAAUGAGGCAAACACAGAACCUCUGGUUAUCAAAGCAAUCACUCUGAUGACAGAUAUACUGACAGAACAAAUUGAAUAUGUCACAAGUCUGCUGAGAAAGCAAGGACAGGAUGUUUCUGGUGAUAUCUCUGGGAGGUAUGGUUUAUGUUUCUUUUUGUGAUCAUAGUACCUCUAUAAUUAUUUUUAUGUGCUUUUUUAUAGUCAUAAAUUCCCACUACCACAUCACCAGUAAAAUCAGAUUUGAUCAAUAUACUUUUUCUAUUGGUGUAGUGAACCAACAUUGUGAAGGUCCUGUGGCCUUAGUUACUUGCUUCAAACCCAAUAUUUCAUCUGUAGCAGGAGAGAAAGUUGAGGAACUCUACUUUGUUGUACAUGAGUUUAAGUUACCAUAUUUAGCAAGGAUUUUCAUGAUUAAAUCAAUAAAGAUUAUAGAAUUAUUAUAAGUAGCUGAAUUGUGACUACCAAAAUAACAUUUCAGUCCUUGACAUUUUAUUUCUUGCUACAUCAUAUCAAGUUGGAAACCCAUUAUGUACUUUUGCCAUAAUAUUUAACUAACUACAGAGCCUCUAACUCUUUAACUCCUAGAAGUGAUUAACAAGUAACUUCUCCCUAUAAUAUCUAAACAUUAUCCAGCAAAUAGGUCAUUAGAAAAUUCAAACUUAUCAGGUUGAAGUUGUUAUCUCAGUCUGACCACAUACUCUUGCAACUUAUUUACAAGGAAAUAUGUAGCAGCUCAAGGAGAGAAUUAACAAUCAGAUCUUGGGAGUUAAAGAGUUAACAGUUUGCUUUCCAAUUAAAAAUCCUAAAAACCAGAAUAAUGUUGUCGAGUUAGUGUCAAUAAUUAUAAGAUGAUGAUUUUAACACAGCUUGGGAAUGAUUUCCAAGGUUGCUAAUUUUGAGUCCUGGAAGCUGUUCUUGAUUUUGUGAUAUUGUAAAAUCAGGUAUUUCUUAGACUAAAUACAGCUCUGAUUGACAAAUAUGAAUAAUAGAUUUUAAUGCUUUUCAUUAAUUACAGGGUCCCUUUGUUAAAAAGCAUGAUUGAAAAGGGUUGGUGCCAACUUAUACCCAGUCUUCUACAUACUACAGAAAAUGACACCAGAGAAAAAGUUUUACAAGCCCUUCACGUAAUGGUAACUGGAUGUAAAAGUGAGUUUCAAAAGGCUCACAUACAGAACAGCUUAAAAAAACUCAAACUGGAGUGGCUCAAAGAUGCCAGGGGUUCAGAAGCUAGUGACAGUUCUGAAUAUGCUGGAAUAUUGGCACAACUUGUUAUAGACCUGAUGAGCAAGUUAACAUGACUGCAGAGCUUUAUGUAGCAUUUCCCUUUACAGGAUCCACCCACCUCAGCGUCCUGUUGGUAUUUUUGCCAUGGAAGGACGUUUGGUUUUGAAAAAAAAAAAUUUUUUUCUCUUGAUUACAUCGUAGUUACGUGAACCCCAGGAUUCUCCUUACUCCUUGCGCCUUGUACUAGUCUCACGCUCAUUCGUUCUUUGAGAUGUCACGUAACUUCUCCCUAAGUGUUGCGUGACAUGGUAAAAAACAGUUGCGAAGGAGACCGUGUUUUACAUGACUUUGCAUUAGCCUUUGUCUGAAAAGGAAGCCAACGACUGGUAGUGAUCUUCAACUUCAUUUCCCGGUCACGAUACAAUGAUAGUAAAAAAGUAAAAUAGAGUUAUAAGAUUACUGCCAAUGUCACAAAAGGGGAUGUACUCAUUUGACAUCGAACAUGAAGGGACCUUCACCGGUUUGGACGCCGUGUGAUAUUCCGAGUGAAGAUCUCGAAUUAAACCUUGUCUGACAUGUAACUUAAAGUCAGUGCCAUAAGAAGUCCGGAAACCUGGUAGUUGUUAGAAUGUACACUUGUAAAAUAGAAGUGUCAGUUAAGUUGUUUACUAAUUUCCUGACAAUAGAAGAAACCAGACUCUGACAUAAGACGUCUCGAAAGCCGUUGUUUGGUCUAACCCCGUAGGCUACGAUGGAGACUAGGUUUUCAUUGGAUCACAGAAUCACUGCGAUUGCAAUGAUCCUAGCAUUCACAUCAAAACCAGGAUUUACGGACGUAGAGUCUUCAAGGGCGCUUGUACGUACCUCUAGUAAUUUCUUAAAUAUUUAAUACUUCGAUUUUUGCAAAAAUCGUCUUUAAUUAUUAAGUCGGUUGUUCUUACGGAUAUCUUAUUACUUUCCUGGGAUUCGACUUUAUGAAAUAAGGAAUUAAAAGUUAAUAAAAACGCUUUUCAAUGC